AUGGACCCGAUACACUCCUCAAACGGAUUCUUUGCAACCCCGUCCCUUCCGGCCGCCGUCGCCGCGGCGACAACGAGGCACAAGCAGGGAAACUUCGUCAUAUCGACUCGCAAACUCCCCAUUUCCAAAGCUGGUCCCAUUGAUCAGAUGACCGAACGCCUGCGUAUCCCGGUCCCAGAGAUGAUCUUCGGCGACAACCUCGUCUCUAUCACACACGAACCUACAGGGUGGUGCCUACGGUUCGAAGCACUCGACGCCCUCGAUCGCGUCGACAAGACAGAUCGCAACAUGCUCCAAGUCGCCUACGCGCGGGAUUGGUCAAGUAGCCGCAUGAACACCACCGCCGGCAUCCGCGAGGUGGUCAAGCCGUACGAUUGGAGCUACUCCACCGACUAUUGCGGUACCCUGGACGUGCCAUCGGGCAACGCUUGUCGUGAGACCGGGAAAGGGGCCAGCCAAGAAGAAGAGAAAGAAGACGCCGCCGAAGAAAAGAGGGAGGUGAAUAUGGGAAGGUUAGCUUUCGAGCCGUCGAAGGAAAAGAUCCCCCUAGAGCUUCUUAAGCGGCGGGAUCCAAUUCUCUUCUUCGACGAGGUGAUGCUGUACGAGUCCGAGCUAGACGACAACGGCAUCUCCCUGUUCAGCGUCAAGGUCCGCGUCCACCAGCACCGGAUGCUGCUGCUCUGUCGGCUUUUCAUGCGCCUCGACAAUGUCAUCGUGCGGGUCCGCGACACCCGCGUUUACGUCGACUUCACACAAGACAUUGUACUACGCGAGUACACCGCCAAAGAAGACAGUUUCCAGAACGUCAAGAGGGCUCUCUACAUGUCGGGUCGGUUACCUGACGACAUCACCAUUGCUCUACGGGAUCCCAACAUCCUCGCACCGUUGCUACCGAUUGUUGAACAGAGGAUAGAAGAGGUUAGGCUAGGCUAG